CCCAGAUGCUUCUUGCUUGAGCUUUUCCUUCGUUUGGAUUGUAUUUUUCCCUCCUCCUGCCGUCAUUAGUGGGAGACGCACUCUGGAAAUGUAGGGAAUGGCAAAGAGUAUUGGAAAUAGAGCUUCAUGCAGGAUAUAGACCAACUACUGCACCGGGCUUGAUUUAUCUGUGGACAACCUGCCGCAAAUGCCUCCCCCACCCCUGCCCCGUACAUAGCCAGGAUGGAAAGCUUCGUUGUCAAUAGGAUGGGACCUGACGAAUAGCUGGCCUUGAUCAAGAUGUUGCUCGGAUCCGUAUUUAAAUCCAUGUGGGAAUACUUGCCAUGCAAAGAGGCUUUGAGAUUUUUGACAGCUUCGCUCUCGGAACAUCUGGCACCUUGGGUUUGAUCUUUUCUUUCGUGCAAGUGGAUAUAAACUAGUACAUCCGCUCUUUGCGGGACUAGCGUGAAGAGGAUUGAACAUGCCCUUCCAACAGCCAAACCGCCUGGCCGGUGUCUGGAGGCCCAUGUGUCCGCGGCUAGGCCUCAGUGCUAGCCUGGAUCUGCCGUUCUUGUGUUGGAUAUUAGGCUUGGCCCUGCACACCCAGCUGGCAACCUCGCAAAAACUGGACGAAACGGACCCCGUUGUCACUACAACUUACGGCAAACUGCGGGGAUUCAAAAAGGAACUCAACAAUGAGAUUCUGGGGCCUGUCAUCCAGUUCCUGGGUGUCCCCUACGCAGCACCUCCCACAGGCGAAAGGCGCUUCCAACCGCCCGAGCCGCCUGUUUCAUGGUCAGAUAUCCGUAACGCAACUCAGUUUGGCCCCGUAUGUCCCCAAACCCUGCUGGAGGGCAGGCUACCGGACGUUAUGCUGCCGGUUUGGUUCACUAACAGUGUUGAAGUGGUCUCGUCUUACGUACAGCACCAGAGCGAGGAUUGCUUAUUCUUAAACAUAUACGUGCCAAUGGAGGAUGUAAAAAGAAUAUCCAAGGAAUGUGCCAGAAAACCCGGCAAGAAAAUUUGUAGAAAAGGAGGUCCUCUUUCAAAGAAACAGAAUGAUGAUUUAGCUGAUAAUGACGGUGCUGAGGAUGAAGACAUUCGUGAAAGUGGGAGCCCCAAACCGGUGAUGGUUUUCAUUCAUGGAGGAUCGUAUAUGGAAGGAACAGGAAAUAUGUUUGACGGAAGCAUCUUGGCCAGUUACGGCAACGUCAUCGUCAUAACCGUAAACUAUCGGCUUGGUGUGCUCGGCUUGUCUGGGGUUCGCCUAAGCUCCGGAGCAGCCUCUGGGAAAGGUGCUGUAAUGGUGAGGGGACCUAAUGGAUUAUAG